AUGAUCGAUCCCGCGCGCAUAUGCAAAUCGCAGCUCGAAGCCUGCCUCAAGCACAUCUUUGCCAAAUACUGCACGCCCCGUCCGAGCGCGUCUGCCACAGGGGCGGGGCCCGCGCUCCUCUCGCCUCCCGAGGGGGCCUUCCUUUCCCCUGAAGGACUAGACGCGUGGGCGCGUGAUACCAACGGCGAACCCUUCACCGAGGAGACCAAGGAGGAGCUGCUGGAGUUCAUGGAUGUUACCGACGACGGCGCGCUAACCUUCAAGGGGUUCAUGCAGGUGUAUCAACUACAAACGGAGAACGACGCAGAAGAGACAUGGAAAGACCUGGCGGCACAUGGCUUUGAUCGAAGCCUGCGGCUGACCGUCGAUCCACCACUGUAA